AUGACAGAAUCCCUUUGCUCAUGUUGCCAGCUUCUUGGAAAACCUCCAGGUCAAAUAAAUUUCAUCAUCGCUACUGGCGUACCAGACAGUGUAGUCUAUCAACGAAUCAAAUAUUUACUCGAAAAUAAUUCAGAAAAUUCGUCAUGGACAAGUGAUAUUCGUCUGAAACAUUAUGAAACAUUGAUGGAUAUCAAUAAUCAACUCUUUAAUCUACAAAAUCAUUCAUUACCAAUGGACCAAUCAAUAUCAACUUCGACAAGAACAUGUUGUGAUGGAUACACUGCUAUGUCAAUUGAUAUUGAUGAUAUAUCAAAUUCUUCGCGGCUAGACAAAUUUCAGAAAACUAUUCUUGAACUAUUAGAUCCAACAAUUGAAAAAAAAUACAUAAAACGCAAAUUAACAAGUUGGAUUUUGUUCAGUGGAUCAAUAUGUUUAGAACCAGCACUACUUAACAUAUUUCUUCAACUCACAAAUCAAAAUUCAUCAUUACGAAGCUUCACAUUGACCGUACUUUGUUUUCUAGUCGACGAAAAACGACUUUUCGAAAAUUGGCUAUUUCAAAAUCUAUCUAUUCAAGAUUAUCAAUUAAAGACUCUUCCUGAAUAUCAGCACCAAAUUAAUAAUUUCUUCUCAUUAUUAAAUUCUUCAAAAUAUCUUCAAGACAAUACAUUACUUGUUGAAGAACAAACUGUUUUAACUGAUAGUACACUUCAAACAUUCAUGCAAGGUGUUUUUCGUAAUGAAUCAUCAAAAUACCGAGCAAAUAAUGACAAAUUUCGUUGUGAUAUGGCAAAAUUACUCUCACCUCGUCAACGAACAGUACGUGACGUACGUGAUAUCCGAAUUGAAUUAGUAAAGCGUUAUAAUUGGAUCAUCGCGGAUCGAUUAAAGCCACUUCUCAAUGAUCUUCAACGAUCAUCUACGGCUGUUAAUGCUGCUCGUCAAAUUGUUCAUCUUGUUCUCGAUGACUUUGAACGUAUGAAUGACGAAGAAUUGCGAGUCUAUAAAAGACAAUUGAUUCAUGGCUUUAAAACUCAUGAUGCAGAAGAUGCAAACACAAUUGCUGCUCAAUUAGUUCGCUAUGCUCUUGAGUUACUUAGAAAUAAUAAUGCUGAUACAUCAACACCACUUAUCUAUUCAAUAAUUUCAGUUAUAUGUACAUUAGGUAGCCAUUUUUAUUCUCGUCAUGAAUUAUUUAAUCACACGCCUGAAAUAUACACAUUGAGUUUAUUACUUGUUAGUCAAAGACAGUAUGCACUAACAUUAUCUGGCCUUCGACUUUGUAACACUAUUUUAUAUGGUGAUCAAAACGAACAUAAAUAUGCAAUCGCUUAUUUAACUCAUGAUCCAUUAACUGCACGCAAAAUUUUAGAUGCCAUCAAAUGGCUACUAUCGCCAUAUCAAACACUCAAAAACUUAUGGAAAGAAGAAGAAGAAGGAGCAGAAAAAGGAUAUGAUGGUUCUGAGUGA